GAACCCCGCCUGGCUCGGGCAGGACUGGGGGCUCACCCCGCUGUUUGCCUCACCCGGGGAGCAGCCUCCUGCGGGGACUGCCGGGGGGCAGCCGCAAUGUUUUCGCUCAAGCCAGCGAAACCCACCUUCAAGUCCUACCUUCUGCCGCAGGUUGAAGACAAAAUAACCCCAGAGCCCAAGAUUAAAAAGCUGGAACCAGUACUUUUGCCAGGUGAAAUUGUGGUAAAUGAAGUCAAUUUUGUGAGAAAAUGUAUUGCAACAGAUACAAGUCAGUAUGAUCUCUGGGGGAAGUUGGUUUGCAGUAACUUCAAGAUUUCAUUUAUUACGGAUGAUCCCAUGCCACUUCAGAAAUUCCAUUAUAAAAACCUCCUCCUUGGUGAACAUGAUGUGCCGUUAACAUGUAUUGAACAAGUUGUCACAGUAAAUGACACAAAGAGGAAACAGAAGGUCCUUGGUCCCAACCAGAAACUUAAAUUUAAUCCAACAGAAUUAAUUAUUUAUUGCAAAGAUUUCCGUAUUGUCCGAUUUCGCUUUGAUGAAGCAGGCCCUGAGAGUGCAAAAAAGGUGUGCCUUGCAGUAGCACAUUAUUCCCAGCCAACAGAUCUCCAGCUCCUCUUUGCAUUUGAAUAUGUUGGGAAAAAAUAUCAUAAUCCAGCAACAGUAAAUGGAAUAGACCCAGGAGGCGGGGGCAGCGGCAGCGGUCAACAGACUCCUUUAUUUGAAACUUACUCUGAUUGGGAUAGAGAAAUCAAAAGAACAUGCGCAUCAGGAUGGAGAGUUUGUUCAGUCAAUGAAGGUUACAUGAUAUCUACUUGCCUUCCGGAAUAUUUUGUAGUCCCAUCUUCCUUAGCAGAUCAAGAUCUAAAGCUCUAUUCUUACUCUUUUAUUGGAAGACGAAUGCCCCUUUGGUGCUGGAAUCACUCUAAUGGGAGUGCUCUUGUGAGAAUGGCCAACAUUAAAGAUGUAUUGCAACAAAGAAAAAUAGAUCAAAGGAUUUGUAAUGCAAUAACUCGAAGUCAUCCACAGAGAAGUGACGUUCAUAAAUCAGAUUUGGACAAGUGUCUGCCUAAUAUCCAGGAAAUCCAGGCUGCAUUUAUCAAACUUAAACAGUUAUGCGUUAAUGCAGAACCUUUUGAAGAAACGGAAGAAAAAUGGUUAUCCUCACUGGAAAAUACUCGUUGGCUAGAGUAUGUCAGAUCAUUCCUUAAGCAUUCUGCUGAACUUGUAUAUAUGCUGGACAGUAAGCAUGUCUCAGUAGUUCUGCAAGAGGACGAAGGACGGGACCUGAGCUGUUUCGUAGCCUCCCUCAUUCAAGUAAUGCUGGAUCCCUAUUUUCGGACAAUUGUUGGAUUUCAGAGCCUGAUACAGAAGGAAUGGGUCAUGGCAGGAUAUCAGUUUCUAGAUAGGUGUAACCACUUAAAAAGAGCUGACAAAGAGUCUCCCUUGUUCUUGAUGUUUCUGGACUCGAUUUGGCAACUGCUAGAACAAUAUCCAUCAGCCUUUGAGUUUUCUGAAACAUAUUUGACCAUAUUGUAUGAUAGUACACGGAUCUCAUUGUUUGGCACCUUCCUUUUCAACUGUCCUCACCAGCGAGUAAAGCAGAGCACGGAAUUCGCUAUAAGCAAAAACAUCCAGUUGGGUGAUGAAAAAGGCCUAAAAUUUCCUUCCGUUUGGGACUGGUCUCUUCAGUUUGCAACAAGAGAUCGCAUGCUUUUUCACAACCCCUGGUAUAUUGGAAAGAGUGCACCAUGUGUACAAAAUGGGUCUGUGAAAAGUUUUAAACGAACAAAGAAAAACUACAGCUCAACACUGAGAGGAAUCCCCCCAUCGUUAAAGAAUGGGAUCAUCAACGAGCAAGAGUUUCUUCCAAGAAGAAAUUCACUGAUACUAAAACUGAAACCAGACUUUCUUCAGCAGAUGGAUAGCCAGACCAAUAGCAUGGAGCAGUAUUUCAGAGAAUGGUUCUCAAAGCCUGUCGACUUGCAUGGUGUAAUUCUACCCCGUCUGUCUGGAACUCACAUAAAACUGUGGAAACUUUGCUACUUCCGCUGGGUUCCUGAGGCCCAAAUUAAUAAUGGUGGCUUCAUCACUGCCUUCCAUAAAAUCUCUGUGCUGACAGACCAAGUAGACAUGCUAAACCAGAGUCUUCGGCAGUACAAAAGCAGCUCUUCUUUGCAAGCGAACUGUUCAGAACUGGAUCAAAGCAGGAUGUACUUCAGAGCAAAUGGUUUAAAUGACAAUGCAGGGACCCCAGAUUUUCUCUCCUCCUCAUUCCCAUUUUCUCCAAUAGGGAACUUAUGCAGACGGAGCAUUCUGGGAACACCCUUAAGUAAAUUUCUAAGUGGUGCCAAAAUCUGGCUGUCCACUGAGACGCUUGCAAAUGAGGACUAAGACAUUGUGAUGCUUAAACAUAUGGGGGGAAAUCGCAGACCAUUGUGUCUUCUCUUAAGUUAACACUGCUAACUGCGGCAUCUGAAGCUGUAAUAAUUUUAUUUACAAAUAUUACAUAAGUUUUGCACAAAUAUUUAAAAGCAAAGCAAAUCAUGCUUCAAAUCGCACAAUUUUGUUUUCAGUAGUUGUCAUGUAAACUUCUUGUCUGGUUUCUGAUGAUUUCUUCUGUGUUUUCUAGGUCUGGCUCAUUAUGUAAGAUCAGCGAUUUCACUCACUAAUGCAAAGGUUGGGUGUGGUCACUAAUCAGGUUUUCUUUUUGUUUGCAAUGUCUGUUUUCCCAACUGUUGACUGAAGCUAAUCUUUUAUGUCAACACAGAUUAGCAAAUCAGAUUGGUGAAAACAAACAUCAAGGACAUUUUGCAUUAAUGUAGCCAUAUUGACUGGCAGUUGUAGAAAUCUGGGAACAAACUACUUUGUCACAGUACACGUGUAGUAAGGACACAUUUAUAUGCUUCCAUACUAUCUUUCUGUGAUUUGGUUUACUUAGUGUAUGUUGCAUUGGUGCAGUGUGUACUGGUUUUUGUUUUCAGUUACCCUUUAGAGAGACUAUUCAAAUUUUUGUUCAAUGUCAUGAGCUUGCAUUUAGUUCACAGGAACUGACUUCAGGACAAUAUGCACUGUUAACCUUAAAAUGUUCACUGUAGAGAAUAAUAUUGUAGCCUUAGAAGUGCCUUUAAUUGGAAUAAAAUAUUAGUAAGAUGUGUCUAACACACCAUGAAACAUAUUUGUUUUUCAAUAGGUUAAUGAACUGCCCACUAAAACAUAAUUUAAUUCAUAAAACAAACUCUGGAAAUCACCAAAAAGCCAGUUAGCCUUCUGAACAGCAGAAACCUUAAAUGACAAUAUGCAAAUUAGCAGGGAAAUUUUCUCUAGCCUAAAACAAGACUGAUUUCCUGUCAGUCCCAGAAAAUAAAGAACCUUAUUCUACCACUCCUAAAACUACUUUGUUUCUUAUGUGUCCAUUUAUAGGAGUGGAGGUUGUGCUGGGAAAGUCUCUCCCCCCCCC